AUGAGUUUCUCGUCGAGUCUGCCCGGGUCACCGGGCGGCGGCGCCAACACACCUCUGCAAUCAGUCUCGCACAAUGCGCAACGAGAUGUCACCCUCCGCCGCGCCGCCCCUGGCGCCGACGAUGCACGCGACAGCUCCGUGCACGAAAAGAUCAACCAGUUCAACUCUCUCGCAAUGCAGUCCAAGCAGCUUGAGCGCAAGACGGCCGACGCCGCCCUGAAGCGGGCUAUGCUCGGGCGUGAGGAGGCAGAGAGCGAGAUGCGCCGCUACCGCGACGAAGCCAGAGCCCUCAAGAAGCAGGUGGACGAGGGCAAGGAGCGCGAGCGCCGCGUGGGCGAGAGGCUCGAGACGGUCAUGGAGAACUACGGCCGCGCCAAAGAGACGCAUGCUCACACACAAGCCCUGUGGGAGAAGGAGAUCCGCCGCGCACGCAAAGAGACGUUCAAGGCGCAGAGCUCGUUGGUGAAGAUGCAGGAAGAACUCAAGUCGUGCCGGACAGCUCAGAAGGCUGCCGAGGAGGAGUUGGACCGCGAAAAGGAGCGCAGCAAGGCGCGCGAGCAAGAGGCGUUCUCGGCGCGCUACAGCCUCGUUGGUCUCCAGGAGCAGCUCGACCAAGCCCUGGAGCGCAUCAAGAUGGUUGAGCAGGAGCGGGACGCAUUCAAGAUGCUCGCCAAGAACGAGGAAGACGUUGCGCGCAUUGCCGCCGAGGGCAGGAUUCCCCUGCCGCCAUCCGAGCCCAGCAGCGAGGGAAGCGAGGACGACUACCUCGCGUCCCCCAAGAAGCGACCCCGCGUAUCGUCAGCCAGCAUAGUUGACAUCAAGUCCUCGGCCACGAGCGAGGCCGAGGUCGAAGAGCUUUCCCGGCUCUGGCAGUGGGAGAGGCAGCGGGCCGACCGCGCCCUCGACCUUGUCGAGUUCCUCGAGGUUGAGUGCAACAUGAAGUGCUGCCCUGCCGCCCAAUCCUUCUCCCGCUCCGGGCGGCGGAGCCUCACGAGCAAUGGACCGCGCCGGAGUCGAGCUAGCCCCUUGAAGAUUGCGGAUGCUGGAGAUCUGGUCAUUCUUAGUGAGACCUAUGCGCCGGCAGCAUCUGGAGUAGCAAUAGAAGCAGCCGCCCCUUCGCCAAAGCGGUCAAAGACGGAGAUGCUCCGCGAGGAGCGAGAACAGCCCAGACGGAGCACCAUCUUCAUCCCGGCCGAGGGCAUCUUCCGGACUGUCUCGCAGUUUGAGGCCGAAACUACGCUCAAGACGAUCUCUCCUACGACGGCAGUCUCGCCGAAAACCAUGACGACUGCAAAGAUAGCAGUUGACCCGUCUUCUCCCUCGGCCGGAUCGCCAUCGAGCGAUCCCGCCACGCCCUCGUCAGACGCAAACCCUCCCGUGUACGCGCGCACGCCGUCAGUUGAGCCUCCCGGCUUUGCCAUGCUGGCACACCAGCGCACCUCGCUCCUCUCCCUGCUCGACGCACCCCACCAACAAGCAUCCCGCCCGAUGCUCUUCAACAUCCCCACCACCCCUGGACCCGGUCUCGACACCGAGACACGGGACUCGUCCGCCGGAGAGCAGCCUGACGAGGACGACGCAUCCGUCACACCAUUACAACAACAGCCCCCCGCCGCGGCGCCGCCGGCGAGCGAGGAGCAAGCUUACGACGACCAAGAACAAUACCAACACGCCGGGCACCGCAGCGAGCCAUCGCGAACGGCAACGCGCGCAAAGGCCCCGCCGGCCGCGGCCAUCGCCCGCCCGCACACGGCGGCCGCGUGCUACACCAUCGCCACCACGACGACCAAAGUGCCUCUUCGUAACGAGAACAAGGACCCGAACCUGGCGGCGCGGCUCAUGAAGCUGCAGCGCACGCCCUCACGCGCCGGCGGCGCCGCAGGCGACACACCGUCGUUCGACGUCAACAACCCUGCCCUGACGCCCACCAUGACGCGCGAGCAGGCCCUGGCCCAGAUUAGAGAGCGCCGCGGCCGUGCCCGCAGCGUCGCCGCCGGUGCUGGCGCUGGUUCGGCGUCUUCGUUGACCUCUUCGGUCCGCAGCUCGCAGUCCGCCACUGUCCUCCCGGCCGUCACUCCCCGCAGACAGCUCGUUGACGGCGCCGCUGCUGUUGCUCUGGCUAAAGACCAGCGCAGGGACGUUAGCGCACCGGCUAAGAGGGUCAUGGGCGUUCCGAGCGUGGCGAGGCGGGCGAGGUCUUGA